AUGGUUACAAGAGGAUGCUUGCUCAGAUCAUUGCUAAAAACUGAUCUGCUUCAGACUCGAAUUCUGCUGCCCAACUCGUGCAAAACAUUAUUGCAAUUUCAUCACAACUGUCCUUUUGGCAUCGUGCAAAAUUCAGUGACCUUCCUAAAAAUAAUAAAGAUUACUCAAGACAAAGUGGCUACUCUCAACAAUUCAAAAGACACCAGCCCUGCACAUUUUGAUAUGCUAAAAUCGAGUGAACCUAUUUUGGAUGAACUACUUGCACAGGAAGAAGAAUGUUGGAAACAAUGUUCUCAAGUUUCUUGGUUAAAGUCUGGUGACUCAAAUACAAAAUUCUUCCAUCAAAAAGCAAACAGUAGGCACUCCUACAAUACUAUCAAAUCUCUGAUUGAUGAUCAAGGCAAUGAACAUUCCUCUCUAGAGGGUAUUAGUAGAACAAUUGAAGAAUAUUUCAACAAUAUUUAUGCUACUGAUGGCAUAGAUUCAGAGGCUCUCCAUCAUGUUAUCUCUUCUGUUCCAUGUAAAAUCACAGCUGAUAUGAACCAGAUUCUAACUCAACCAUACACUACUGAAGAUGUCUACACUGCCCUUAAUUCUAUGAGUGAAGACAAUAGUCCUGAUCUUGAUGGAAUGUCAGUUAUGUUCUACACUAACUAUUGGCACAUUGUGGGAGACUUGGUCACCAAAACUGUUCUCAAUAUCCUUAAUAAUGGGGUUGAUCCAUCUUCUUUAACAAGACUUUGA